AUGAACAAGAAAGACAAUACUUUCAACACCCAGCCCUGCAAUCAACACGCGUCGGUCUUCUUCCGUCUCCCCUGCGAAAUCCGCGACAUCAUCUAUCGAGAAAUCUUCGUCUUCCCCGUAACCGUCCACCUCGCCUACGUGGGGAGGACCAGAAACCGCAAAUUCCGUAGCUUUCUCUGUCAGUUAUCCGAAGAGGAGCAGCCCGAGAAGCGCCCGCAACUUCUCUGCCCACGAUGUCGAGUCAAUCACCACCGCUGCUCACCGCGGAAGGGCAGGUCUGAUGAUGUUGAGGAGCGCCCCUCGUCGGAGACUCAAACCCAAGCUAGGGUUCUGGCGUUACUGCGGAGCUGUAAAAGAAUAUACGACGAGACGGUCGACAUGCUCUACCGCGAAAACACAUUCUACAUUGAGAAUCCGCGCACCCUGCUGGAACUCCCGUCGUCUUUAUCCCCGGCGCGACUCAGUUCAUUCCGGCGUCUGUAUCUUGAAUCGGCCCGGUAUGGUGAGUAUACCCCCGCUGACCGCUUGGAUAAAUGGGCAGCGGUCGUUGGUGUGCUGAAACAGCUGGGUGGACUCGAAACCCUUGUCGUUAUUCUGCGGCCGAUGUACGGGCUGGAAUGGGAGGUUGAGGGCCUGAUGAAGCCACUUGAGGCGGCUGAGCUUCCGGUGUUGAGAGUAGUGAGAGAUCCCAUGGUGUACAUGGCUCUUGAUAGUUCGGCGCCUCGUUGUAAUCUUCAUGCGUUGAACCAGAGGAUUCCGCAUUAG